GCGCAUGCUCAGCCGCAGAGGACGGCGGGAGAGGGGCGGGGUCGGCGGGCCCGGUUGGUGUGGAAGAUCCUGUGAGAUGCUUGUUCGCUGAGCUUCCUCCUGAGAGAAAGUAUGUUUUAUUGUAGGAAUCUGGAGGCCGUCCCCCGAGAAGAAACCCAUUAGUUUGGAGCUGGAGGAUUCCUUUGCAUCAGAUACUAAAAUGAAAGAACCGCUGUUCGAUGGUGAAUGUGAUGAGGCAAUGACACUGCAGUUGGGGCAGCUAAGUGAAAUUCAGACAGAACCUGACAAUGCCCAGGAGUAUUGUCGAGCCCAACAACCCAAAAAUCAGGAGAAUGAACUGAAAAUAAACACAUUUUCCGACAGUGCUUCACAUUUGAAUACAGGCAUUCAGCUUUCUCCAGCAUCAUCUGGCACGAAUAAAAUGCUUCCUUCGUUUUCAGCUGCAGCUAUUCAGGUUUCCUGUGCUGGUUGUAAAAAAAUUCUCCAAAAAGGACAAACUGCUUAUCAGAGAAAAGGAUCUACUCAGCUUUUCUGCUCUACCCCAUGCAUCACUGAAUACAUUGCAUCUGCCAGUGUACCAGCUUCUACCAAGACAACUUGCUCAAACUGCUCAAAAGACAUUAUAAAUCUGAAGGAUGUCAUCAGUCUCCAACUGGAAGAUAAUGCCUCUAGCAAAAAUUUUUGUAGCCAAUCUUGUCUUUCAUCAUAUGAAGAAAAAAGAAAACCAUUUGUUACCAUAUGUACUAAUAGCAUUUUGACCAAGUGCAACAUAUGUCAGAAGAUGGCUACUAUUCAGUAUGAAGUAAAAUAUCAGAAUGUGAAAUACAAUCUUUGCAAUAAUGCCUGCUUUUCAAAGUUUCACUCUGCUAACAACUUCGUCAUGAACUGUUGUGAGAAUUGUGGAGCUUACUGUUACACCAGCUCUAGUCUAUUUCAAAUACUUCAGAGGGAUGGACAGUCUCAUUACUUUAGUAGCUCAAAGACUAUUGCAGCAUCUGAGAAGAAACCAACCAAAACACUUACAUCUUUUCCAUAUAAAUCAUUGAAACCAUCAGAUGAAAUGAUUGAGAUUACUAAUGACUUGGGGAAGACAGAGAUUUUCUGCUCUAUUAAUUGUUUUUCUGCAUUCAGCAAAGCAAAGAUGGACUGUUCUACAGCAAAUGUUUCCACAACACAUAGUGUUUCCAUGGAGCAGCACCUUUCUCCAAAGAAAGAUUUAAUCCCAGUCAUAAGCAAUAUAAUGUCAUUAGCAGAUAAUCAUAUUGCCCUGCCCAUCAUGAACACGGAGUUCUUACAAGAUACAGUUUCUUCAGUAACAGCAAAUGUCAUGGAUCCAAAGAUCUCAAAGAGUUCACCCAAAGAAUCAAGUAGUGAUAUUGCUGAUGGUAUGGAACAGCCAAGCCUUUUGCCAUCAUCUUCAGUACUCAAUCACCACACUGUUGAUUCCAGUAUAGAAGUACACAGUGGUGAAGUAUUAAACCAGGAUCCUACAUACAAUAUGAAAUCUGUGAAAGUAAGUAAUGGACUCUGUCAUCCAAAAUUUACAUCUAAAGUGCAAAAUGUUAAAUCACAAAAUAUUAGAAAAUCUUGGCGUACAAAUCGUCCACAAGUAAAUAAAAAAGAUGUAACAUUUUGUUAUUCAUGCCAGUUGUUCUGCCAGAAAAGUUUUAGCUCUGGAGGAGAGUCAUUUGCAACCCAAGGAACUUCUAAUUGGAAAAAAACACUGGAAAAAUUCAGAAAGCAUGAAAAAAGUGAAAUGCAUUUGAAGUCCUUGAAGUUUUGGAGGAAAUACCAGUUUUGCAGUGAAAACAGUGAUAAUUUAUCUAAUCAUCCAAAACAGAUUGAAGAACAAAAAGAGUAUCUAAAGCUUAUAGUUGAAAAUAUUUUAUUUCUUGGGAAGCAGUGUUUGCCUUUAAGGGGAAAUGAUCAUUCUGUUUCUUCUGUGAACAAAGGCAAUUUUUUAGAAUUGUUAGAAAUCAGGGCAAAAGAUAAAGGAGAAGAAAUAUAUCGACUUAUGAAUUCACAAAUUGAUUUCUACAAUACUACACAGAUUCAAGCUGAUAUUUUUGAAAUAAUAAAGAUGGAAAUGUUGCAGGAUAUUGUGAAUGAGAUCAAUGUUUCCUCAGCUUUUUCAAUUAUAUGUGAUGAGAUAACUGGUAAUACCACCAAAGAACAGCUUUCAAUUUGUGUAAGAUACCCACAGAAAACAUCAAAGGCUGUUGUAAUUAAGGAAAGAUUCUUGGGUUUUGUUGAUAAUGAAAAGGAGACUGGGAUCCACUUACACAAGAAAAUCAAAACUUACCUACAGCAAAUUGGAGUUGAUUUUAAUACAAUUUGUGGCCAGGCCUAUGAUAGUACCACUAAUUUGAGGGUAAAAUUUAAUGAAAUUGCUGCAGAAUUCAAGAAGGAGGAGCCAAGAGCUUUGUAUGUACAUUGUUAUGCACAUUUUUUUGAUUUAGCAGUAGUUAGGUUUUGUAAAGAAAUAAAAGAACUCCGAAGUGCUCUAAAUACUCUCAGUUCUUUGGUCAACACUAUUUAUACAUAUGGGGAAAUGCUGGAAAAUUUUCGAGAUAUUUGUAAGCUAAGUCAAAACAAAACAUGCAAUAAACAUACAUCACAGUCAUGUUGGAUAGUACACGAUCGUACAUUGUUAUCUGUGACUGAAAGGCUUCCAGAAAUUAUUGAAACAUUGGAAGUUGCAUCAAGUUGCCAUUCCUCAAACACAAAUUUGACUGAUGAAUUGAGUGAUUUGUUAACACUGGUUUCCAAAUUUGAGUUUAUUUUUUGUUUAAAGUUUCUUUAUCGAGUGCUAAGUGUUACAGGAAUUCUUUCCCAAGAGCUUCAAAGUGAAACCAUAGACAUUUUUUCUUUGUCUUCUAAAAUAGAAGCAAUUGUGGAAUGUUUAUCAUCUGAAAAAAAUGAUGUAUAUUUCAAAACUCUCUGGGAUGAAACAGAGGAAAUAUGUAGUAAAAUUAUCAGUAAAGGUUUUGAAGUUGAAAAGCCUUCCCUUCAAAAAAGGAGAAAAAUUCACAAAACAGUAGAUCUUGGCAAUUCAGAAAAUAUGUUUUUUCCUACUUCAACAGAAGAACAAUAUAAAAUUAAUAUUUAUUACCAAGGAUUGGAUAGUAUAUUACAAAAUCUAAAGUUAUAUUUUUCAGAGUUUGAUUAUUGCAAAAUGAAGCAAAUUUCAGAGCUAUUACUUAAAUGGAAUGAACCAUUAAAUGAAGCAACAGCCAAACAUAUUCAAGAAUUUUAUAAACUUGAUGCAGAUAUUAUCCCUGAACUUAGAUUUUAUCGGCACUAUGCAAAGCUCAACUUUGUCACUGAUUAUGCUUCCAUCAACUUCAUUACUCUUGGCUAUUUGUUUAUUCAGCAUGGUCUUCACAAUAAUAUUCCUUGUAUCUCAAAGCUAUUACAUAUUGCUUUGUCUUGGCCGAUUACUUCAGUAAGCAAUGAAAACUCCUAUUCUACACUGCCUCGUCUCAAAACAUAUUUAUUUCAUACUAUGGGACAAGAGAAGCUCACUACCCUCGCCCUAAUGGCUGUCGAGCAGGAAUUGGUAAAUAAAUUGAUGGAGCCUGAAAGGCUCAAUGGAAUUAUAGAAAAAUUUAUCAGUCAAAUGUAAGAAAUAUAAUACCUGCUAAUUGGGACUUAAAAGAAUUUUAUCUGCUGUAAUCCUGGUUUUCCUGUUUUGGUUUUGAUUUGCUUUUUCUUUUGCUUUUUUUUUUUCUUGAGAUGAGAUACCACUAUGUUGCCCAUAGAUGGUCUGGAACUUGUGAGUUCAAGUGAUCUCCUGCUUAAACCUGCUAAGUAGCUAGGACUGAGGCCUGACAAUGUGUGCUGCCUGGAAUCCUGAUUUUCAUCUCAAAAUGAUUUCUAUUAAGAAAAAAAAUUAUUUUUUUAGAGUAUGUAGUACAUUCACCUUCAAAAGACACAGUGACAUACAAUAGAAAAGUUUUCUCCUGUUUUUGCAUUCUUCCUAAAGUUUUAUUAGUUCCUUAAAUACUGUCUUAGAGAUAUUCUCUGUAGCUGGUACUAUACAGUGUACACUAGUCUUCAGCUUGUACUGUCUCCAUAAUAGGAUAUUUUUUGAGAUUGUCCCAUGUCAGUAAAUGAUUAUUUUUUUACAACUACAGAAUGUUAUAUUGUAUUAAAUAUGCCAUAAUCUAAUACCUUGUGCAAAGGUCAUUUGUACAUAAUAAAUUACUGUAAAAUGUAAAACUAGAAUUCCUAGUUCAGUAGGUUUGUGCUUUUUUUUUCCUUUUUACUGAGAUGUACUAUGUUUCUCCUGCUGGCCUCAAACUCAUGAGCCAUCUGCUUUAACCUCCCAAGCAGCUAAGAUUACAGAUGUGUGUUGCUGUACCUAUUUUGUGUAUUUAAAUUUUUGAAAGAUAUUAGAAAAUAACUUCCUUAAAAGAAUUGUGCCAAUUUAUGGUCCUACCAGUGAUGUACAUGUGUCCCCAUUUCCUCAAAUCUGUUUGUAUAUUAUUUUGGAGUUUUUUUGAGACAGUCUCACUACACAGUUCAAGCUGGCCUUGAACUCAUUUCAGUCCUCCUGCCUCAGCUUCCUGAGUGCUGGCAUUACAAGUAUGCACCACCAGGCGUAACUCCUCAAAUCUUCAUGAACAAAGCUAUCAAAUGUUUUGGUCUUUGCCAACUUACUAAUUGAAAAGUGGUAUCUUAAUUUCAUUAGAAUUUUCAUUUAAGAAUAAGGUUAAAUAUUUGUUUACGUGGACCAUUUGUAUUUUCUUUUUAUGCACUGUCACAUUUAAACAUUAAAAUGAAAAGAUUGGUGUUUUUGACACAACAAAAAUUAUUAAGUUGUGUCAUGAAAAUAUGGCUUUUUUUUAGAGAAAAAAGCAAAACAAAAGGGUAGAAAUAAUACAGAAUUUCAAAAAAAUAACAGUAAGAAAUCACUAGUUGAUAAAUUACAUAUUGUUAUCUUAGAAGUAGUUCAGAUUUUUCAAAAAGCAUAAAAAGAUAAACAAUGACAGUAUAAACUAUUGUUCAGUAAACUAACAAAUAUUUAGUAGUAUGGUUAUCUCGCACACUUAAACAUACUUACAGUUAUAUCUUUUAGCCCACUUUGUCUAUUACACAUUUUGGAUCUUACUACUUUUUAUUAUUAUUUUUUAUACAGGAGUUACAAAUAUGAGUCUGAUUUAUUUGACUUAUGAGGAUAAUCUCAAGUUGCCUCCAUUUACCUGACUACUUAAGUCUGAGAUUUUUGAGGAAUAUUUCUCUGGCCCCUUUCUCUAAUAAUAUAUCAAUUUUAAAAUUGGUGAUUUUUCUACAAAGGGAAUUUCUUUGAGGCUUUGUUUCAGAGGUAUUUGCUUAGAGUUGUGGAAAGUAUUCUUAAUUUCUUCAGUAUACAUAUUUGUUGCUCUUUUCCAAAUUUUGGUGACUGAGCCCAGGGCCUUGCACAUGUUCAGCAAGUACUCUACCACUGAAAUACAGACCCUCCCCCUUUUCUUUAAGACAAGAUCUGAGUUGCCCAAACUGUCUUUGAAUUUAUGAUCUUUGUGCUCAGACUGCCUGAGCAGCUGAGAUUACAGAUGUGCACCACUGUGGCCAGCCUCUUCAUUCUUCAUUUUAUCUGUCCUGCCUUUAUUGUUUUUUUAUUUUGUUCUGUUCUGUUUAGUUUGGUACCAGAAAUCAAACUCAUGACCUCACAGUUGCCAGGCAGAUGCUUUUUUUCCUACUUAUUUUAAUUAAGGUUUUUAAAACCAUAUAUAAAAUUUAAUAUGUACAUAUUUAAUGUAUAUAAGAAUAUGAAGAUCAUAAAAAAAAUCUAACCUAUUAAACCAUAGAUGGAACUGAA